AUGGGAGGAGAUGGUGGUAGUAUUCCUCGUCGUGUCGAGCUUGUGCGCGAAAAGAAGCAAAGGGAGAAGGUGGGUAAGGUAGCUGCAGAUGCUGCAAAGUGGAAGCACUGUGCACUCAGUCAGCAACCUCUUCGUCAACCAAUUGUGUCCUGUCAGCUUGGACGGCUUUACAAUAAGGAGGUAAUCAUCGAAAGAUUUCUUGAUCCCUCUAAAUACACAAGCAGUGUAGCUGACCACAUUAAGAAACUUAGGGAUGUUCGGGACUUGAAACUAACACCUAUUCCAAAAGACCAGACUAGUCAUGAACUCUCUUCCGGUAUAAUUGAAGAUUCGGCCGAGUCUUUCUGCUGUCCCAUUUUGGGUCAAGAAAUGAAUGGCUCAUAUCCUUUUGUAUUCUCUUGGGAGUGUGGUUGUGUCGUUUCAAAGCGAGCAUUCGAUAAUGUCAAAGAUUCUUCUUGUUUAAAAUGUGGUCAACCUCUUCAGCCCGAAAGCGUUAUUUUACUCAACCCAGAAACAGAUGAGGAUAUUCAGAUUGCCCAAAAUCGUUUGAGGAUUUAUAAAGAAACAACUAAGAAGAGUAAAAAGAAUCGGGCAAAACUCGAAGUGAAGACGGAGCCUGAUACUGAAUAUGAUAUGAAAGCAGUAAAAGUUGGUGAAAAAAGAUCUAAUGGCGUUUCUUCAACUUCACUCGAUCACAAACGAAUCAAGAUAGACGAUCGUGAUAAUAAAAGCAAAAGGAAAUAUGAUUCUAAGAACAUGGAAUUGGAUAGCAAGAAGAAAAUAUCUGAAUCUUCAAAGCAUAGUUCGGUUCAGGAUGAUCCAAAUGCUUCCAAUGUUUUUAAAUCACUCUUUACUACGAGUGAAGAAGCUAAGAAUCAGCCCCAGUCCCAUUGGGUUACUUUUAAUCCUCUCUACUUUCACUAA